GGAACAACAUGUUCAGUGGUAUGGGACUCAAAGUCACAAAACAAUGUAUCGUAUAUUGUUUGCCUCUUCCUGUUCUGUCUGGUCUUACCUCUGCUCAUUAUGAUAUUUAGCUAUGGACACAUUGUCAAAGUCAUUCGAGGGAUGGGGCGGAUUAACCUGAGCACAGCUCAGAAGAGGGAACACCACUUGCUGUUUAUGGUUCUCUGCAUGAUUACUUGCUAUCUCAUCUGCUGGAUGCCUUAUGGAUUAGUUUCCUUGAUUACAACUUUUGGGGAACCUGGAAUCAUUUCACCCACAGUUGGCAUCAUACCAUCCAUUCUGGCCAAGAGCAGCACCUGUGUUAAUCCACUUAUAUAUAUAUUUUAUGAAUAAACAGUUUUACAGAUGUUUUGUCACUCUUCUGAAAUGUGAAUCAGAACCACUCGACAGUGACGCUACUUUGAAUUCACGGCAAAGUAAAGAGCUACAGCUUAAGGACAAUGGCAAGAUGAUUCAGAGCAGCGUUCACCAGCCAAGGAAGGACACAACAUCUUCU